UAGCUCUUCUGCUGCUUGAACUGUAUUGAAGUAUAGUGUUUUAAUGUAGUACUUAGACCAUUUUUCUAAACAGCAAUAAAUAAAUGCAUUUCCUGGCUAAUUGGAGUGAUUAAUGGUUUACGGAUCGAGAUAGAAACUUUCUCUGCAGGACAGAAAAAACCAGUGAAGUAAUUAGCUUUGCGUAAGGUACUCGAAGAAAAAGAGGACGGUGCGUAAUUUCUUUGUGUAAUCGGACAAAGCAAAGACAGUGUUAUUCCGAUUGGUUGAAAAUUUAUCGAUCCGUUGAUCAGUACAGAUUUAAAGCUAAAUUGGAUCCGGUAAAUGUUGGUUUAACGAAAAAAAAUAGUUUCGAAGAGUUACGCGAGACGAAAGGUUAAAUAAAUUUUUUUGCCUACUAAGGGAGUGGGAGAAGAUUUCCCGAAAAAAAGACCUACAAAAUGGGAAUGAAAAAAUAAAACGUAAACAAAAACAUCCAAGAAAAUUUUGCUGAAGAGACACAAAGUCCCCUGUGUAGCAUAAGCGAAUAAGGGAAUAAAAAUACAGCAUAAAAAUAAGGUGGUAUUAGUGACGAUUCCUCUACGUAUGACAUAAUAGUGCCAUCUAGUAGGCAGUUUGUGUUACUAGAAUUUGACUGAUUUAGCAGGUUAGUUCUUGGGACUCUCGCCAGGUGUUUCUUGACGUUUCGACACACAACUACUAUCUUAUUGAUUGAAGAUUGCAUUGGAAUCAAUUAAAAGAGUGGUGUUUGUGACUGGACCGAGAAAAGUCCAGGAAGGAACCGUAGCAACAGAAAAAAACUAAUAAUACUGUUAUGUGCGUAGUCGUGCGUGACUUUAUGUAGUGGAACGCUCACGAACACCUUUUCAUACAAAGUAUCACGGAUCAGCUGUGGAGUAGUAGAGUGUAUUUUUCUAGCAGUCGAUCGCUGUUACUUCUGCUGCCACCAUCAUCGUAGUAUUUUGAACAGAUUGGUUUGAUACACAGUAGCGAAGAGGAAUAGGAGGAGCAACAACGCAAGUGAGAGCAGCGACCAUAAAGUGCAGGAAGUGACGGAUUGGCCACUAGCACUUUCUGCUACGCUAUCCGAAUUCUGUUUCCAACACAUCCACGGGAGGGACUAGGAACUGGGAUUACUUCUAAUUCGCUGCUGCGCUUGAAUGUUAAAACAAACUCAAAAUUGCUUACGUUCGGGAGAAGCACGGCUCUUCUGCAAGGUCGUCCUCGUCCUCAGAAGAAGACCUCAAUGAACGACGAGCUACGCUACCGAGCACGAGCAGCACGAGUGACCAACAGCAUAGCCAACAGAGCCACCCGAAUCGCUCCCAAAACGAUCGGCUACACCAUCAGCAACAAAACCGCCACCAUCAUCACCAUCAUCAUCAACAGCAGCACCAGCGUGUCCGUCACUCAACGUCUUCUUCAUCGUCGUCCUCGUCGUCGUCAUCUUCGCCAUCGUCGUCUGCGUCACUAGACAGACUUCAUCGUCCUGUCGGGGGCAGCAAAGCCGGAUCGGCCGUGGAGCAGAAAGUGGACAAGCUGAGUCGACGGCAACGCCACCAGCAACAGCAGCAGCAGCAGAAAGAGGAUCAAGACAAGCAGCACCAGCAGCGCAGAAAAUCCCAAAGACGCAAAAGACAGUCACCGGAGGCGGAAGCUGAUAAGCGUCGGUCAGCAGAAGGUGAUAAGGGAGAGGGACUCGAGGAUAAAGAAGGUUGUCCCUUGACCAGUCCUCACGGCAAGCGACGAAGGAUGUUGAACGAUAGCAAUAAUCUUAACGGGACUUUGUCUUCAACCUCCCUGAUGGCUUCGACCUCGUGCGAUGUGAAUGGUCAUAAUAGUACCGUCACCAACAGCAACAACGAUCAGCAGCAGCAACAGGGUGAGACUAGCAGUAAUGGCACUACUGAGGCCACCAAUGGAGAAUGCUCGGGAACACCUCGUGCCAUCAUCAAACUAGACAAGACCAACCAGGAAAUCGUACGUUUGAUUGGCCAACAUUUGAAAAAUAUUGGAUUGGACAGAAGCGCCGAAACGCUGAUGAAAGAAUCCGGUAGCAGCCUCGAGCAUCCCUCUGCCAGCAAAUUCCGUCAACAUGUAAUCUCCGGUGACUGGACCAAAGCCGAUCACGAUCUCGCUGAGUUGCAGUCCAUGGUUGAUCCCAAAACCGAACGCACCAGUAUAAACGAAAUGAAAUUUCUUCUACUAGAACAAAAAUAUUUGGAGUUUCUGGAGGAAGGCCGUCCCAUAGAUGCCCUGCACGUGUUGCGUAACGAGUUAACGCCGCUGCAACACAACACCCCUCGAGUCCAUCAAUUGUCGUCGUACAUGAUGUGCACCAACAAUCAGCAACUGUACCAGCGGUCCAACUGGGAAGGUAAAGGUGUCAAGUCACGUACCCGACUGAUGGAUCGCUUGCAGUCGUAUCUGCCGGCUACGGUUAUGCUGCCUCCCAGACGAUUACGCUCGCUGCUCGCACAAUCGGUGGAGAUGCAAACGGAACGCUGCCAAUGUCACGAUAUGGCCUGGAGUACGAAUAUCGAAAACGUCUCACUUUUGGUUGACCACAAUUGUUCAUCGGAAGGUUUUCCUAUGCAAGCUUUGCACGUACUAAACGACCAUUCUGAUGAGGUCUGGUUUUGUAAGUUUUCACCGAAUGGUUUACGGUUAGCUACGGGCUCCAAAGACAACACCGUCAUUGUCUGGGAAGUCGAUCCCGUCAAGUUGGUUCUGAAGAACAAACGAACGUUCGAUGGUCAUACCUACGGGGUGUCGUUUAUCGCCUGGAGUCCGGACUCGAAACAUUUCAUCGUCUGCGGACCGGAGGAUUGUCCAGAUCUAUGGAUUUGGGAUGUCGAGCAUGAAAAAUUGGUGACGAAAGUGUCGCAUUCUACGGACGACAGUCUGACAUGUGCCGCAUUCAACAAGGACGGUACACGGUUCGUUACCGGAGGAACGCGUGGUCAGUUUUAUCUUGUUGACCUGGACGGAACGGUCCACGACAAUUGGGAGGGCGUCCGUGUCAAUGGUCUUGCCUUCCGAGCAGAUAACAAAACUAUUCUCGCUGCCGAUACACACUACCGAAUACGGGGUUAUACCUUUGACAAUCCGCGUAGUGACUACAACAUAGUUCAGGAGCAGUGUCCAAUCAUGACGUUUUCGGUCAAUUCGGCCGACCGAUUGGCACUGCUGAACAUUUCUUCUCAAGGACUUCACCUGUGGGAUUUGCAAGACAAAUGCCUCGUUCGACGCUUCCAGGGUGUGACGCAAGGAAACUAUACCAUCUAUUCUUGUUUCGGCGGCGUGAAUGAGAGCUUCGUCGCCAGCGGCAGCGAGGACAACAAAGUCUACAUUUGGCACAUCCGCAAGGAAGAGCCGUUGGCUACGCUGGUGGGGCACACGCGAACAGUGAACUGCGUCAGCUGGAAUCCCGUCUAUCCGUCCCUGUUGGCGUCCGCUUCCGAUGAUGGUACGGUGCGGAUUUGGGGACCGAAGCAACCGCAGCUGGCCUGGGCUGCCAGCAGUAACAACGGGGACAGUGCAUCGAUUGCAUCCACCAGCUCCACUGCUUCAUCGACAUCCUCCUCGUCGUCAUCUUCGUCCGGCGGCGCGAACAAUGAUCUUAUAUCCAACUCAUCCUGGAAUAUCACAUAAUAUUAGAUGUUACAGCACCUACCCGCCCUUACCUUAAAGCGAUCAUGUUAAGCAUUAUAUUCGGUUCAACAAUAUUAACACUAAAUUUAGUAAAGUAACCCAACGCUACUAUGAAGGCAGAUAAUAUUGUAAUUAAAAACAACCAACAAAUGAAGUAGAUGCGGAAUUCACACGCAGCAUAAGCUACUAUAUAUUAAAUAUAAUAAUUUAAAGAAGGUAAUUAUUAAAAUCGAAUCAAAUAAACAACUGUGCGUGCGCGCAGCAGCGGGAGGAACAGAGCCGCCGUAAAUUUGACGGCUUAUCGAGAAUCGGUUUAAAUAUCCUAACCGAGUUCAAAACGUUAUAUUAUCAUGGCUUGGUAACAUGCAAUCAGUAUAGAAGUCAUCGCCAAGCCAAGGACUCAAAAAUAGAUGAUGAUUAUGAUGAUGAAUCGGUGACGCUUCAUUCGAGUUAAACAAAAAACAAGCAUUACGAUGCUCAUCCGCGCUCAAUUAUGCGGUUCCAUUUCUCAUUACCAGAGCCGUAACACACCGUCGUAGUUGCAUACAACCGUAGUUCAAUAAUAUGACAGUCAUGGCAUUAGGUAAACUAAUAAGGAAACACUUCAGAACAAGCGUACCAUACUCUCCGAUCUGGGGAGUAAAUUCAAGAUAAAUGAUAAAUUGGUCAAACAAAAGAAAAUGAUAAGAAAGGAACUUUAAUCAAAUGCCGAGAAUGUACCGAAUGAGAAAAGUGAGGAAAACAUAAUUUAAUAUUUUACAUUAUUUGGUCUUUUUAACUGUGAAACAAAAAAAGUCUAAAACUAAACAUUUAAUUGAGGUGAACCAGACGACCUGGUGUACACCACGAUACGAACGCAUUCGAGCAGUACGUACCUACUUACGGUUUCAUAUAAUUUCUUGAGAGAAUUUUUUUUAAAGCGCUGUGCAGGAAUUAGAAAUACGAAACACAACAACACGCUAUCCUGGUGUGGCUUUGUCCUUUCACGCCACUCUGAUAGUAGGUAUCUAAUUUAGUAGUCGAUUAUGGGCGUGCGUGAGCGCCAAAAGUGUGUAGAUUACUUGGUUUUAACUUUAAACGUCCUCCAUUUUGGUUCCAUGAAAAAGUCUAUUUAUGCACAUUGUCGUUCUUUGUAGUUUUAAUCAGGCAAUACAAGAGUAAAUCAAGAGUAGAGCAGAGAGCUGAAUUUGUUUUUCUUAUUAUUAGUUACGGAUUUGAUAGGUUUAAUGUAUACACAAUGAAUAGUUUUAAUUUAUUGAUCUUAAAUUUCUAUUCACAAAUUGAAAGUAGCAAUAAAAAUAAUAAGAGAGAGAAAAACACAAACAAACAGAGAAACCCAAAAUAGGUUUGAUUUUAUAGAUUUUGAUGUGUAGGCGAUUGUUUUCCCAUCUCAGUUUGAUUUUAAUGCGUUUACGUUGAUUAAGAAGCGAAGGAGGUAGUUCGUAUCUACUAUCAUUGAAAAUUGCACCGCAUGAUGAAAACCGAUGAAUAAUAAUUUGGCAAAAAUCUAAAGUUGUGGAGUAUGUAUUUUACUGAAUAAAGUUUUAAGCUGACCGAUUUGGGUUUAAACAAUAGCGAUUA